ACAUGGCGGAGAUGAAACAUUUUAAGGUCUACUCUCAUGCAACGUAGAAACAGCAAAUAUGAGAACGACCACURUAGAGCACAUUUCAUUGCUGCAAGAAAAUCCAAAGAACAUUAGGAAUAUUUGUAUAUUAGCCCAUGUGGAUCAUGGUAAAACGACUUUAGCUGACGCUCUUGUGGCAAGCAAUGGAAUUAUAUCUUCGCGCCUUGCCGGCAAGCUACGAUAUAUGGACAGCCGUGAGGAUGAACAGAUAAGAGGUAUUACAAUGAAGUCAAGUGCUGUCUCAUUGCAUCAUACAAAAGAUAAUGAAGAAUUCCUUAUCAACCUUAUUGAUUCUCCGGGUCAUGUUGAUUUCUCUAGUGAGGUUUCUACAGCAGUAAGGCUUUGUGAUGGUGCUAUUGUUGUGGUUGAUGCUGUUGAAGGAGUUUCUCCUCAGACACAAGUUGUGCUGAGACAAGCUUGGUUGGAGAACAUCCGUCCAUGUCUAGUGAUUAAUAAAAUAGACAGGUUGAUCACUGAAGUAAAGUACACCCCAGUUGAAGCAUAUCUUCACCUUCAGCAAAUACUGGAACAGGUCAAUGCCAUUACUGGUAAACUCUUCACCUCAGCAGUCAUGGAGAAAUCAUCCAACAAAGUAACUAAUGAGAAACCUACAAACCUAAUAGGAGAUGAUACAGCGGUGUCUAUUGAACACUGGAGCUCAGGGCUGGAUGAUGUUGAUGACUCUACCUUAUACUUUUCUCCUGACCUGGGAAAUGUGGUCUUUGCAAGUGCAAUUGAUGGCUGGGGAUUUAGCAUUGAUGAUUUUGCUGCCAUUUAUUCCAAGAAGCUUGGUCUGAGAGCUGAUAUAUUGCAAAAGACACUGUGGGGUGAUUUUUAUCUUGAUCCAAAGUCCAAGAGAAUCUUCAAGAAGGCACAGAGUAAAGGCAAAAAACCUUUGUUUGUACAGUUUAUCUUACAGAAUAUUUGGUCCAUUUACGAUGCUGUGGUUAUCAGAAGAGACAAACUUAAAAUUGAGCAAAUUGCUCAGUCUCUCAAUGUGAAAAUCUCAGCUAGGGAUAGUCGAAGUUCUGACCCACGGGUUAAGCUUCAGGCGAUCCUUGGAAAAUGGCUGCCCUUGUCCUCAGUUGUGCUGAACAUGGUUGUUGACAAACUACCCAGUCCAUUGGAAAUAGAGGAAGACAGGGUUGAAAAACUACUCUCUAGCGGACUAAGAACAUACGAAUCACUGCCAGACAAGAGCAAGAACCUGAAGCAAGCUUUCUUGUCGUGUUCAUCAAAUGAUGAUGCUCCUGUCAUUGUGUUCGUGUCAAAGAUGGUUGCUGUAGAUGACAGAGCUCUACCCAAGCAUAAAAAGAGGCCCUUGACCCAGGAGGAAAUUGCUGAACGUCGACAACGCGCUCGUGAGAAACAUGAAGAAAUGUUGUUGAACUCCAAACAUGAAGAAUUUCCCCAAAACACCAGUGAAUUCGCAACGCAACAGGAGGAAGAGAAUGUCACGCCAACUACACACUUCAUAGCAUUUGCUAGAGUGUACAGUGGGAUGAUCAAGAAAGGGCAGACAUUGUAUAUUCUUGGUCCAAGGCACGACCCGGCCACAGUUUCAGACAAAGAGACAUUCGUAUGCGACGAGGGAGCAACAGAGAACAAGUCGUCAGAGGGACUUGCCAUUACCCAGUCUGUUGAUCUAGGAAUGAAACAAGACAUGGCUGUGUUUACAGUAGAUGAUCUCUAUCUAUUGAUGGGACGCGAGCUUGAAGCCCUUCACGACGUUCCCGCUGGUAAUGUACUUGGCAUUGGUGGCCUGCAUAACCACGUGUUAAAAUCAGCCACAGUUUCAAGUACUGUUAUGUGCCCGCCAUUUACAUCACUUCAUAUUGAAGCCCGGCCCAUUGUACGAGUUGCUGUAGAGCCAGUGCAUUAUGCUGACCUACCCGCAUUGUCCCGCGGGAUUCGAUUGUUAAACCAAGCCGAUCCCUGUGUUGAGACCUUUAUGGCCAGAACAGGUGAACACGUGAUUGUUGCUGCCGGCGAAGUGCAUCUACAAAAGUGUGUCGAUGACUUGAAGGAACGGUUUGCUUGUGUACCUUUUUAUGUUUCUUCGCCGAUCAUUCCAUUCCGCGAGACCGUAAUACCUCCACCUAAAAUAGACAUGGUUAAUGAGGCUAUAUCAGGCGAUGCAGUUGCUGUACCAAAAACAGACAUCAAUUUGGAUGUUGACAAGACUUUGGUCGAGAUUACAACAGCGAACAAGAAGUGCAACAUUACGAUACGUGCCAUCCCUCUACCCGGACAAAUUACCAAUCUACUUGAUGCCAAUACAGAAACUAUCAAACUACUGGUUAAUGGCAACUAUCAAUGUAAAGAAGAAAUCAAAUCGUUUUAUAAUGAACUAAAAGAAUUGUUUGAUGAGGAAGACAGUAUAACGUGGAAUGAAGCAGUGGACAAGAUAUGGGCAUUUGGACCUAGUAGAACAGGACCCAACAUUUUACUGAAUAGAAUACCCGACUAUAAUCGACCUUCAAUAUGGCCGGACUUUAACACAAAUACUAGACCAGUAGAUCCUCAAUAUCGUAAUUACGACAAUAGCAUUCUGAGUGGCUUCCAACUUGCAACGCUUGCUGGUCCAUUGUGUGAAGAACCUUUAAUGGGAGUUUGUUUUGUGAUUGAAAACAUUACUACAGACUUAUCAAAUACAGAUCAAACCUGCUCUACACGCCCUAACACAGACACUAAAACUGCAGAUUUGGAAGAUCAAACUAUACUUUUAGCUCACAAUGCACAAGAAAAUGUCAGCGUGGAUAGCAUAAAUAGUGAAGUGUCGCCUGAAGAAAAACAUCAAAUAAAAACUGAAUUUACAAUCGAUAGAUUUGGACCUUUUUCGGGGCAGCUUAUGUCGACUAUCAAAGAAGGCUGCAGGCGAGCAUUUCAACUCCAAGCAAUGCGUCUCAUGGCAGCGAUGUAUACAUGUCAUAUCCAGACCACUGCUGAGGUUCUAGGUAGAAUGUAUGCUGUCAUUGGAAAGAGAGAGGGAAGGGUACUGAGUGAGACGAUGAUGGAGGGUUCAGACGUGUUUGACGUUGUAGCAUUAUUACCAGUAGCGGAAAGUUUCGGAUUUUCAGAAGAGAUUCGUAAGAGAACAAGUGGUUUGGCAAACCCCCAACUUGUAUUCAGUCACUGGGAGGUUAUCGACAUCGAUCCGUACUGGGUUCCAACCACUGAGGAAGAAUAUACUCAUUUUGGCGCUAAAGCUGAUAGUGAUAACCAGGCUCGGAAAUACAUGAAUACUGUACGGAAACGCAAAGGACUCUACGUAGAAGAGAAGACCGUUGAGCAUGCGGAAAAACAACGAACUUUAAAGAAAUGACCUUUUGAGUUCAAAAGGUGUCGUGAAUUCAGAAGUGACGCAAAGUCAAACAAGCAGCGUUAUGCACAUAUUUCAAAAAAAGUUGUCGUCACCAAGACACAGUCCACAGUCUUGAGCCUGCAAAGAAUCUCAGGGUUUCCAUGCGUAAUUAAUGUUUUCAAAAUGUAUUUGCCUAUGUGGUUUGAAUUCAGUCAAUGGAAGCAAACAAAACUAUUCCGGUUCAGUAUUAAACAAGUCUCGCAAUUAGGCAUUUUCCUUGAAAAAUGUUCCGCGUUUUUAAACCAUCUAUGAGCUUCAAAGCUAUAUUCGCUACAAAAUCGAGAAUUUUGAAUAACUGAAAGUGAAUAUAUAGUAUAUAUUGCAAUCCCGAGAUUCUUUGCACGCUUAAGACUGUGGAUUGUGUCCUUGCGACGACAACGUUUUUUGAAAUAGAUGUAUAUCAUACAUCCCAAACUCUGUCGAUUUAAAAUGUCAAACCUAAAUUCCUUUUUUUCACUGAAACAAAUAAUCUAACCCCUAGGAAUUUACCAUACCCUUAUAUCACUUACAAGAAUGUUUAGCUUAAAGAUUUUAUUUACAGUAUCGUAAGUAAUUGCAUGGAAGUCCCCAAAUGAUAAUUCCAUCAUGAAUGGUAAUAAGGUUACCUAAUGAUUUCCUGAGGAAAAAAUAAAGCAUUUGACCGUAA